AUGGAGGAGGAGAAAUGGAAGGCACCUCCGAUGGGUAAAGUCAAGACCAAUUGGGACAUUGCGACAGAUUCAAAACAGAAUCGGCUGGAUUUUGGAGUAAUUAUAAGAGACGAUAGAGGACGGGUUUUAACGGCUUUGAGCAAAACGCUAAACUCUAUUCAGGAACUAGUUGUGGGAGAAGCUAUGGGGGCUUUAGCAGCAGUGGAGUUUAGUAGAGACAGUGGCUUCUUCGAUGUCAUACUAGAAGGGGAUUCCAAGCAAGUAGUUGAUGCCAUCACCAACACGGGUCCCUCAUGGAGCAAAUACGAACAUAUUGCGGGUGAUAUUCAGGAAGUAAGGAAGACCUUCAGAACGUGGGAAGUUCGCCAUGUCAAAAGAGUAGCGAAUGAGGCUGCUCACAGGUUAGCUAAGGCCGCCAUCAGGGAGGAAGGUGAGGGAAUUUGGCUGGAAGAUACACCCAACUCCAUUCUGGAUGUUGUUACACUAGGGCAAUCGGCUCUUUUUGUAUAG